AUGGAUUUUAAUCCAAGUCCUAUUGAGUUGAUAUUAAUAAAAAAUGGCAAUUUUGCGGAAUUUGCAAAAUUAACGUCAACAUUUAAUUCCCCAAUUAGAGGCAAAAUUAACAAAUUUUUCGAAAGUGUCGACACAGAUAUUUAUGAACUGAUGAGGACUAUUGGAUCAAAUUCGAUCACGGGUAUACUUAAUCUAAGUAUAGGCAGCAACUAUCGUGAAAUAAUGGGUAUUGAUUCAGAUCUUAAAGAUAUUAUACAGUUUGUGCAAAAAAACAAAAAGAACAUAAGUAUCAAAGAUUACAUGAUUAAACUCCAUAACUCAUCAGCUUUAAUUGAUAUAAUAGAAAAACAGUUCAUACCUGUAGAACUAAAACUAUUAAUCGAAUAUGCAAGAAAUAAAGUAAAUAUUAACAGAGAGUAUAAAGACGUAUAUUUAUCUAAUAUGUCUCUUGGUGACAUACUUUCUUAUAAAGGCGAUAAUCUUGUUGAAAAAAUGCUUGCUGAUUAUGAACUUUAUACGAAGGCUUGUAACAUUAAAUUUAAAGUAACUGUAAACGAUUUUUUGUCCGCGGAUUUAACAAGAAAAUACACUAUUCUUAGAUGCCUCCUUCUUGGACCCAAAAGCUCAAUAAAGAAUGCAGCAAUGUUGUUUGGAAUGACAAAAGAUCAAAAUAGAGAUUCACCAAAUAACCAAACGUGUGUUGCAGACAUACUAUUUAGAAAUCUUAACCAUUCUCAACAAUGCAGAUUAAGAAAGUCCGAACAAUAUGUUAAACAGGAGUUAGAACGUAUUAAAAAAAUGACAUCAGAUGACGUGGAUCUUAAACAACAAUGUGUUAUGAAUAACAACAUGGAUGAUCAUGUUAAGAAAUGUGCGCUAUCCCGCCUUGAAGAAAUGAAGUCUAGCAAUAACGAGUAUCAUAAAAAUCUCACUUAUGUUAAGACAUUGAUUGAUUAUCCAUGGGUUCCUAAAGACUAUUCCGAUAUGUUUACCAAUAUUGGCAAAGAUCUUGACAAAUGCAGAGAUAAAUUGAGAAAAGUCAAAGAAGAGUUUGAUUUAAGGGUUUAUGGUCAAAACGAGUUUAAAACAGUUAUUGGGGAUAUUGUCGGCAAGUGGUUUACAAAUCCAAAUAGUUUAGGUAAAGCAAUUGGUCUUUGCGGACCUCCUGGCUGCGGAAAGACUUUAAUCGCAUCAGGGUUAGGAAAAGUGUUAAAUAUCCCCUACCAAGAAAUUCACCUUGGUGGUCUUGAAGAUGGAUCUGUACUUAACGGUCACUCAUUCACAUACUCUGGUGCUCAACCCAGUCUCAUUGUAACAAAGAUGGUUGCGGCCGGAGAACCGAGAUGCGUUUUAUUUUUUGAUGAGCUCGACAAGACAUGUUGUAAGCAUGGAAUCAAUGAGGUGUUUAAUGUCCUUAUUCAUGUCACAGAUCCAAACACAAACUCAAAGUUUAACGACAAAUUUUUCCAGGAUGUCACAUUCCCUUUAAACAAAUGUAUUUUUGUUUUUAGUUUUAACGACGCCUCAAAAAUUGACCCGAUAUUAAAAGACAGAAUGGAAAUUAUUGAGGUAUCGCCUUAUUCACUAACUGAUAAACUUGAGAUUUCUAAAAACUACUUGAUACCCGAAGUGUCAGAUAGUGUUGGUAUUGAAAAAGGGUCAAUUUUAAUAUCCCCGCAAACUAUCGAGCAAAUUGUCACAAAAUACACACUUGAGGCAGGAGUCAGAAAACUUAGAGGGUGUAUUGAAAAGAUUUUUCUUAAAUUAAAUAUUGAUCGUAUUUAUGGAAGAGGACCGUUUAAAAACAAAAAAAACUUUAGUUCUAAACAACCAAUCACUAUUACCAAAAAACACAUACUAAAAUAUUUAGGAAAACCAAAAAUCACAAUCGAAAAAAUUCACAAUACAGACCAAAUUGGUGUAAUCAAUGGUAUGUAUGCAACUACAUCAGGAUCAGGUGGUAUUUUGCCGAUUCUUGUUUAUCCCGCAAAACAUGGACAUUCAAAACCCACGUUAGAACUUACGGGAAAACAAGGAGGCAUACACGUUCAUACCCCGGACGGAGCUGUUCCAAAAGAUGGACCUUCUGCUGGUUCCGCAUUUACAACCACUUUUUUGUCAAGACUUACAGGCUUUCCUGUUAAACACGAGAUCGCAAUGACUGGUGAAAUUAGUAUCGGAGGCAAUAUUACAGCAAUCGGUGGUCUUGAGCAUAAACUUUCGGGUGCAAAAAUUGCGGGUGUUAAACUUGUGUUUAAAACUUAUAAUAAUUGCACAUAUACCGUUUAUGACAAGACUUGUGAUUGGAAUGAUUUUAUGGUAAAAAAUGAUGGUGGUUUUGACAAUAAUAUUGUUGAAAUCGACAAUGUUGUUGUAAACGAUGAUUAUAAUUAUGACGAUUUUAACAGUAACGAUGAUGAUAAUAACGACGGUAAUGAUUUUGACAAUACAUGUAGUGAUACUGACGUCGAUUUAGAUAAAUAA